AUUAUCGGAGUUGAGGCGUUGCAAGCGCUCUAUUCGUCCUUCUUUCCAGAUGGGCUGUACUACGUGAUUGAUUCGACGAAGCUCUCAUUCCUACGUAGUGCAUACUUUCACUGUAAAUACCAUAUUACGUGGCUGAUAUCUCGAACGCACACUAACAUUUCAAUUUCAUCGAUGAUUAUUUGAUUUGAUUUCCUCUCGAUCUUUCUCUCUUGUUCGCUCCCUGUUAGUGCGUCACUUGCCUGCAACUAGGCUUUUCUUCUUCCUCUUUUUCAAUUUCAAGCCGUGACAAUGAGACUUUCGCACGCAUUGACGCAAGGAACUUCCAGAACAACAUCAUCGGCGCCGCUCGGUCGCCAUAAUUUCAUUUUGAGCCCCUGUGCCAAAAGGGUUUCUGAGUUCGGGAAUCAUAGAUCGAGUUUUCUAAAUUGCGGGUGUAGCACCUCAGGGUCUGCUGUCUCUUCUGCGGCAAAUUCUUCAUCGCCUGUUAUCGCGUCGAAUUCUCGCAUAUCUCAGAAGAAACCUGGGAAGUUGGAAGCUAUUGAGGAAGAGAUAGAGAAGGUCAUUUAUAGAUGCCGGUUUCUGGCUAUUCUGGGAGUUUUUGGCUCAUUAAUCGGAUCGUUUCUAUGUUUUAUCAAGGGCUGCACAUUUGUUGCAGAGACUUUUAUGAUAUAUUUCAUUGAUCGAAGUAAAGUAAUCCUGAUGCUGGUAGAAGCUAUCGAUGUCUAUCUUUUAGGAACCGUUAUGCUGGUUUUUGGAAUGGGUCUCUAUGAGCUCUUUGUCAGUAAUCUUGGUAGUGCAGGCUCUCUGCCAGAUCAAAACGAUUCUUACAGAUCCAAUCUCUUUGGUUUGUUCCCUCUGAAGGAACGACCAAAAUGGCUGGACAUAAAGACUGUGAAUGAACUGAAAACGAAGCUGGGUCAUGUGAUAGUGAUGCUACUUCUGAUAGGGUUGUUUGACAGGAGUAAGAAGGCUGUUAUACACACUCCUGUGGAUCUGCUCUGCUUCUGUGCUUCCGUCAUGCUUUCCUCUAGUUGCCUGUUUCUACUGUCUAAGCUGAACGAUGAUAAAUGAGGUCUUUCCCGCAUGCAUCAUGAUAUCAACCUUUGGAUAAAGUAUCCUAGGAAGAUGAAGUAAGUCAUCCACAUUACUGUGUUGUAUAUAUAUUAAGAUGUGCAAUGUUUAAUAUAUAUAUAUAUAUAUGUGUGUAUGUAUGUAUACACACAUGUAUGUAUAUAUAUGUAUACAUACAUGCAUAUGAUGUUGUUUCA